AUGGCAGACACCGUCGUUCGUCCCGAUGAUCCCGAGAAUGCAGGCACCUUCGAGUUGAAGGAGAAUACCGUCAUCGUAGUCCUGGGCGCGUCUGGCGAUCUCGCAAAGAAGAAGACCUUCCCCGCCCUGUUCGGCCUGUUCCGCAACAAAUUCCUGCCCAAAGACAUCAAGAUCGUCGGAUAUGCUCGAACCAAGAUGGACCACACCGAGUUCCUCAAGAGGGUCAGGUCCUACAUCAAGACGCCGACCAAGGAGUCCGAGGAACAACUCGAAGAGUUCUGCUCAAUCUGCAGCUACGUUGCCGGACAGUAUGAUCAAGACGAGCCUUUCCAGGUCCUUAACAAGCACAUUCUCGAUAUUGAGCAAGGCCGAGAAGAAGGAAACAGAGUCUUCUAUAUGGCUCUGCCUCCCAGCGUCUUUAUCACAGUCUCCGAGCAUUUGAAGAGAAACUGCUACCCCAAAAAAGGCAUUGCCAGAAUUAUCAUAGAGAAGCCUUUCGGCAAGGACUUGGGCAGCUCGCGGCAGUUGCAGAAAGCCCUGGUGCCCGAUUGGAAAGAAGAGGAGAUCUUCCGUAUUGAUCACUACCUUGGAAAGGAAAUGGUCAAGAACCUGCUCAUUCUCCGAUUCGGUAAUGAAUUCCUCGGGGCCACCUGGAACCGCAAUCACAUCGACAACGUUCAGAUCACCUUCAAGGAGCCUUUCGGUACCGAAGGACGAGGUGGAUAUUUCGAUGAAUUCGGUAUUAUUCGUGACGUGAUGCAGAACCAUCUGCUGCAAGUCCUCACCCUCCUUACCAUGGAGCGACCCAUCUCCUUCUCUGCAGAAGAUAUCCGUGACGAGAAGGUCCGAGUCCUUCGAGCCAUCCCCGCCAUUGAGCCCAAGAAUGUCAUCAUCGGUCAAUACGGCAGAUCGUUGGAUGGCACCAAACCGGCAUACAAGGAGGAUGACACAGUGCCCAAAGACUCCAGGUGUCCGACGUUCUGCGCCAUGGCUGCCUUCGUCAAAAACGAGAGAUGGGAUGGUGUGCCUUUCAUUCUCAAGGCCGGCAAGGCUCUCAACGAGCAGAAGACCGAAAUCCGGAUCCAGUUCAAGGAUGUCACAUCCGGUAUCUUCAAGAACAUCCCUCGCAACGAGCUUGUUAUCCGCAUUCAACCCAACGAGUCCGUCUACCUCAAGAUGAACUCCAAGUUGCCUGGGCUGUCCAUGCAGACCGUGGUUACCGAAUUGGAUCUCACCUACAGGCGCCGCUUCUCGGACCUGAAGAUCCCAGAGGCAUACGAGAGUUUGAUUCUUGAUGCUAUGAAAGGAGAUCAUUCCAACUUUGUCCGUGACGAUGAGCUCGAUGCCUCGUGGCGCAUCUUCACUCCUCUACUGCAUUACCUUGACGAGAAGAAGGAGAUCGUCCCAAUGGAGUACCCAUACGGCUCCCGUGGCCCGGCUGUCCUUGACGACUUCACUGCCUCGUAUGGCUACAAAUUCAGCGAUGCAGCGGGCUAUCAGUGGAACACUGAAAGCACACCUAACAAGUUGUAG